CACAGCCAAUAGUCCAUCUCUUAAUCCCUUCUUUAAUCCCAGAAAAUGUCUUUUUCAACAACCCUUAAUCAUUGUCAUUAUCAACUAAUUCAUCUCCAAUUUUUAAACUCAACAAACACGGAAACACCCAGUCAACGGUCCACAAACACAUCAAAUAUCAGAAAUCAAACAUUUCUUCAAAGAUACAAAAACCUAAGGUCAGGGAAGUUUCCACUGCAAUCUUAAGGAACGAAAUUCCUCAAAUUUUGAGUCUCAAUGAAUCCAAAAUUAGGGUUUGUAUUAUCAUUUUUGCUGUUACUCUCUCUCUGCUGCUACACUCAUUCCAAAUGUUCCAAAGGCUGCGAUUUGGCUUUGGCUUCGUAUUACGUUUGGGAAGGAACGAACCUCACUUUCAUCGCCAGUGUUUUGAAAUCUGACAUUUUAGGAUCGCCUGAUACAAUCGUCGAUUACAACAGAGAUCAAGUUCCGAACAAGGACAGUGUCGAAGCUUCCAUCAGAGUCAACGUCCCCUUUCCUUGCGACUGCAUCAAUGGUGAAUUCCUCGGCCAUGUUUUCCGGUACGACGUGAAAAGCGGUGACACUUAUGAUGUUGUUGCUGAGCAGUACUAUUCUAACUUGACUACGUUGUCAUGGUUGGAGAGGUUCAAUAGCUAUCCAGCUACUAAUAUACCCGAUGUCGGUACGCUUAAUGUUACUGUGAAUUGCUCGUGUGGUGAUAGUUCCAUUUCCAAGGAUUAUGGGUUGUUUGUUAGUUACCCGCUCAGGCGUGAGGAUUCAUUGGCAUCCAUUGCAAGUCAGUUUAAUAUUACUGCUAAUUUGCUGCAGAGAUAUAAUAUUGGUGCCAAUUUUAGCCGAGGAAGUGGUUUGGUUUAUAUCCCGGGAAAAGAUCAAAAUAAUAGCUAUCGGCCCCUGACAUCAAGCACAGGGAUAUCAGGGGGAGUUAUUGCCGGUAUAUCCAUAGGAGCAGUAGCUGUGGUGCUUUUACUAGCAGUUUGUCUUUACUUUGGAUUCUACAGAAAGAGGAAGGAGAAGGGGGCAACAUUGCUGUCAACAGUAUCUCAAGAUCCCUCUGGUCAAGGUUUACGUGCUCCUGGAAGUAACUCAGAUAAACCUGUCGAAUCAACUGGUCUGGCACCAUCUCCGGGCCUUACAGGCAUAACUGUGGACAAAUCAGUGGAGUUUUCUUAUGAAGAACUUGCCCAGGCUACUGAUAACUUCAAUUUGGCUAAUAAGAUUGGUCAGGGUGGCUUUGGGUCUGUUUACUAUGCAGAGCUGAGAGGCGAGAAAGCUGCAAUCAAGAAGAUGGACAUGCAAGCUUCAAAAGAAUUCUUUGCUGAACUCAAGGUUUUAACACAUGUUCAUCACUUGAACCUGGUCCGACUGAUUGGAUACUGUGUUGAGGGUUCUCUUUUCCUAGUUUAUGAAUACAUUGAGAAUGGCAACUUAAGCCAACAUUUGCGUGGUUCUGAGAGGGAUCCAUUGCCAUGGUCUUCUAGGGUGCAAAUUGCCCUUGAUUCAGCUAGGGGCCUUGAAUAUAUCCAUGAGCAUACUGUUCCUGUUUAUAUUCAUCGUGAUAUUAAGUCAGCAAACAUAUUAAUUGACAAGAAUUAUCGUGGAAAGGUUGCAGAUUUUGGGUUAACAAAACUGACAGAGGUUGGAAGUGCAUCACUCCCCACACGUCUUGUGGGUACAUUUGGAUACAUGCCACCAGAAUAUGCACAAUAUGGCGAUGUUUCUCCAAAAGUGGAUGUUUAUGCCUUUGGGGUUGUCCUUUAUGAACUUAUUUCUGCCAAGGAAGCUAUCGUCAAGGCAAAUGGUUCUAAUGCUGAAUCAAGGGGCCUUGUUGCUUUGUUCGAAGAUGUUCUUGAUGAGCCUGAUCCUGAAGAAGAACUUCGCAAAUUGAUUGACCCAAGGCUAGGAGAUAACUAUACAUUCGAUUCAGUUCGAAAGAUGGCUCAGCUCGCCAAGGCAUGCACACAGGAGAAUCCUCUUCUGCGACCAAGUAUGAGAUCUAUUGUGGUAGCCUUAAUGACUCUCUCAUCCUCAACAGAGGAUUGGGACGUCGGUUCCUUCUAUGAAAAUCAAGCUCUUGUCAAUUUAAUGUCAGGAAGAUAGAGACUAUAGACGUCAAGAACAUUGGAGGUUUUGUUCUUUUUCCCCCCUUUACUUGUAAUGCCUAAAUAUUUCUUUUCCGCUAUAUAUAUAAUUUUUAUUUUUAUUUUUUUGUAAA